AUGGGUUAUUUCAUCUAUGAUCUCAUUGAUAUGUACAUCCAUGGUGAGGCACCAAACUCAAAAGAGUACUUUGUUCAUCACUCACUUGUAAUAACAGCGUUCACAAUUAUUCUCCUCACUGGAAAAUUGUUUGGAUUUGCGAUGAUCGGAUUGCUCGUCGAAGUGCAGACAAUUUUCCUUCAUCUACGUACGAUGAUACGUCUGGCUGGAUGCUCAAAGCGAGGAACUGUUGCUUAUAAUGCACUAAUCAAUGCUAACAUGGUCUGCAUGUUCCUCUUCAGGCACAUCCCGGUGACUUAUCUCUUAUAUGUAAUGCUUGUACAAGACUACAAGACCCCUUUCAUUCUGCGCACCAUGCUCACGGGAGGGCUAGGAUUUCUAACAUACCACAACACUCAUUUGACGGCGUCUAUGAUCAAAGCCGAUGGUUUCUUUGGUUAUGAAAUGCAAACAUUAGACGAAGAUAGUGUGGACCCGCUUGGAUCCGUAAAGGUCAAGAAAGAUAAGUAG